CUUGACCUUCAACCCUAAACCCGAAAGAAAAAAAAGAAAAAGGCCAAUCACUCAUCGCCUACCUUCCUCGCAACCCUCCCUUCCUCAAGCCUGCAAUCAUGACGGCGGUUCUCCCAGAUAACCUGCCCCAAGUGGAAUGGCAGGAACUUGUUCCUCAGCGUGCCUUUUUCAUUGCGGGUCUGAUCGCAGGCGCGUUCAUGUUCCUGAAGGAGCUCCUUGAAGUGCUGAUGGACACCGUCAAGCUUGUGCCACGCAUCAUGUGCGCCCUCUACCUCUUUGGAGCAUACGUCUUCGUCUACAUUUGUGUUGCCGUCGCUGUGGAAAUGGAGUCCGCUGCCACUGCGGAUCCGGUUGUGCAGCUGGUGCGGUCCAGCUUGACCCUCGGUGCCCUCUAUAUGCUGGCAGGCCCACUCCUCAUCCUCGUUCCAAGUGUCAAGAUUACAGCAACAAGCCAUCCUGUGCGUUUGCUUGUCGGUGGUCUGCAACACAAGCAAGCCAAGAAGUUUGCCCUUUUUGCUUUUGGGCUCCUGUUCAUCUCUCAGGCCGUCGUCGUGUACUCGCUGGCAGUCGUGUUCUGGAGCGUCUUUGGCCUGGAGGACGUGGAUGUGAUUGGCCUUUGCGUGUGCUACGUGAUCUUGAGCACCUUCUACCUCGUCGCAUUUUACGGCAGCAUGACCGACUCCCCCGUGAAAAUUGAUGGCGAAGACCCCAUCAAGGCCAUCAGGGACAACUUGCCCAUGCUGGGAUCUGUCAAGUACCUCUAUGCGUACAUGAUCAUGUUUGCUCUCAAGAUGAUUGGAAUCCUUGCUGGCAUUGCCUACCUCUUUGAUCAAGACCGCAACAACCACUACAACGACCCAGACAGCAGCAGUGCAUCCUACGCCGUUUCGUGCAUCUUCUUUGUGAUUGCGCUGCUGUCGCUUGUGGCCUUUGUUGUCUUCCUGGCAAAGGAGGUGUACAACGAGGUGAAGAAGACGUCGGCGCCCACGCCAGUGCCAGAGGAGGAGAUGCACAUGCGCGUUGCUGUGGCUGCGGAGCCCGUUCGCCUUGCCCGCGAGACGUCCCUCGAUACCCAGACGAGCGGCUCCCCUAUGGCUCAAUAUACGACUGCUGAGUACAAACUCGAAGAGACUGCUCAAGUUACACAGAAAGUGCUUCCACUAACGCCCCUAGAACCGAUUCGCAGCAGCGACACUGACCGCAUUCGGUCGGAGAUGGCCGACCUGCACCGGGAAGUGCGCUUCAUGAUGGAGAGGAUGGAGUGCGAAGCGGCAGAGCGGUUCGACGUGAUGAUGCGGCGGUGCGCCGAGCUUGAGGCUCGUGUGCAAUCCACGGGAGAGGGCAGGCGAGGUGAGACACGGCCGGUACGAGAGACGGCGCCUUUGCGUGGAGAAAAUGUGGUGGCGGAAGCCGACAGGCUGGUGUGCCGCUCGCUCGAGUUGAAAGAGCUGCUCCAGAAGCAGCUGCGCGAGGUCGAAGAGCGACUGGAGACAGAGGUAAAGCAGUACGAGCAGAUGUCACUGCUGAUGAAUGUCAAUGAUGAAGUUGUGAGGGACGUAUCCUCCACCGUGCAGACACUGCGAGAGCGUGCAGCGCGCAUGCGCGCAGCCUUGCACGUGCAAGAGGCCGCAACGAACGCCGUCCACCUGGAACAGCCGCAGCAGCCGCAGGAGCCGCAGCAGCCGCAGGAGCUGCCACAGCAGCCACUCGUGCCGGCACAUACACUCGUGCCACUGCAGACAACGGUGUUGGUGCCGGACCAACCGGAACGUGUUACUGAGCUGCAGCCCACAUCCAUGAGCGUCACAUUGCGUCCACUUGGGGCAGAGGAUGGGAACAGCGAAACCUCAGCCCAGAGCCGACCCGACGAGAGGAGUGGCAACGGCAAUGAUGAUAAUGAUCGCGACAGUGAUGGGUUGUCGUCAGACAGUUCUGACUCGUUGUCAUCCCUGCGGGGCUCCACGACCCCAGCACCAGCAUCGUGGCAGCAGCUGUGGAUCACGGUCAGGGUUGUAGGCAGCGCCCAAGAGAGCUUCACGCGCAUCCGCGAGACGCUGCAACGGCUGGUGCAGCGUGAGGGCUGGGUGGUGCACUUGCUGGUCCGGGCAGGCGAGGAAGGCGGCGAGUGGCACGUGACGAUCAACAUGGAACAGCGCGGUGGUGCUGCACAGGACAUGAUCCUAGCAGCGCUGAACGAGGACGGAAUGACUGCAACACUCCACCACAACGUUCACGACAGCGUUGAUGUUUGAGGCGGCGAAGCGGCGAAGCGGCAGAGUGUUGUGCUGCACCUGUGUUGACUGUGCGUGUGCGUGCGUGUGUGUGCUUGUCCGUGUUGCAUGGGUAUGUUUGCAGGUGUGCGCCUGUGACAUGUGGAGGAUGUCGAGGAGAUUGCUUUCUUUGCGAGAACUUGUUCAUGUGUGCAUAAAGUCAACUUGUUGGGGCAUCAUGCAUGAUCCAAGUUUCAUAACGACAAGCAAGAGUAACAGCAGUAGCACGUGC